CAAUCAGGAAACAUGGUCGAAACUCUCGCCCGCUUCGGCCUCCAAGACGCUUCCUUCAAGCAGACCGCCGUAGACAUCGUUUCAAACACAUACGCGAAAUCUGGAAAUCAGCUAAAUGCAAAAGCCUGGAAGAACGAUUUUUACGACGACAUGGGUUGGUGGGCUAUGGGUUGGAUUGCUUCGUAUGAUUUGACUGGCGAUGCCAAGUACCUUAAUACAGCGAAAGACCUUUUCGAAGAUAUGACGGGCGGAUGGAACACACCUUGCAAUGGUGGCAUAUGGUGGGACAAAGACCACAAAUCCAUCGCCGCUAUAUCCAACGAGCUUUUCCUCGCAGUGGGCGCAAGUCUAGCGAACCGCGUUAGUGGCCAAGAGAAAGAAUAUUACAAGAACUGGGCGCAGAUGGAGUGGGAUUGGUUCUUCGAGUCUGGCGUUAUCAGCCCAAAUGGACUCAUUAAUGAUGGUAUUGACAUCAAGAGUUGCAAGAACGACGGCAAGACGACAUACACAUACAACCAGGGCGUUAUCCUCUCUGGCCUAUCUGAACUCGCGCGCGCAAAGUCCGACGGCGGAUUCAUCCAGCACGCGUAUAACAUUGCCAAUGCAGCGAUGUCGCGGCUCAGCGAGAACGGCAUCCUGACCGAGCCCGUCAGUGGGCCUUUGGACAAGCAAGGCGCGCAGUUCAAGGGAGCUUUCGUCAGAGGCCUAUCGCUUUUGAACGAAAACGAGCCGCAGCAGUCGUUCACGGCGUUUCUGAAGAAGAAUGCUGAAUCGGCUUGGUCACAACCCAAAGUCGACAACGGUGUCAUUGCCGAUCGAUGGCAAGGCGGAAGCAGUAAUGCUAAUACAGCUAGUCAUGCGGCGGGGAUUGAUAUUCUUGUUGCUGCUGCACAAGCUGCUUAGAAGCACGUCGGAGACAAAUUGCGAUCUACGACGAGGUUUGCUUCAUUAUUAGAGUCCUUUGGCAUGAGCGGACUAAUGUUUUGUUUUUCACAGCUCUCACUUUGUGGUACGGUCCCCUUUUGGCUGCGGACGUCCACGACUUAUACCCUCUAUUGUGAGCUUUUUUUAGUACCCCCUUCCGGCAGCAUGUUGUGCAGCUAGGAUUUUCGGGUUUAUUAUGAUGUUAUGAAAACCAACCGAUCGUUACAUCCUGUUUUAGGAUCGAAAGACUUAGUUAGACACCCCUU